CCUUAUCAGCUAGAUCUCGUUUCUGUUUUUUUCUUUUCCUUUUCAUUAUAGAACUUUUCAUCAUGUCUCUUUCCAACAAGCUUUCCAUCCGUGACGUCGAUCUUAAGGACAAGCGUGUCCUCAUCCGUGUUGACUUCAACGUCCCCUUGAAGGAUGGUGUUAUCACCAACAACAACCGUAUUGUUCAAGCUCUCCCCACUGUCAAGUUCGCUCUUGAACAAGGUGCUGCUGCCGUCAUCUUGAUGUCUCACCUUGGUCGUCCCAACGGUGAAGCUGUUGCUAAGUACUCUCUUAAGCCCGUUGCCGCCGAAGUUGAAAAGCUUUUGGGUAAGCCCGUUCAAUUCCUCAACGACUGUGUUGGCGCCGAAGUUGAAAAGGCCUGUAAGGAAGCCACCAAUGGUAAGGUUAUCCUUUUGGAAAACCUCCGUUAUCACAUUGAAGAAGAAGGUUCCGCCAAGGUCGACGGUAAGAAGGUUAAGGCUGAUGCCGAAAAGGUCAAGGCUUUCCGUGCUUCUUUGACCUCUCUCGCCGAUGUCUACGUCAAUGACGCUUUCGGUACUGCUCACCGUGCUCACUCCUCCAUGGUCGGUGUUGAACUUCCUCAACGUGCCGCUGGUUUCCUCAUGCAAAAGGAACUCGAAUACUUCGCCAAGGCUCUUGAAAAGCCCUCUCGUCCUUUCCUUGCCAUCCUCGGUGGUGCUAAGGUCUCCGAUAAGAUCCAAUUGAUCGAUAACAUGCUUGACAAGGUCAACUCUUUGAUCAUCUGUGGUGGUAUGGCUUUCACCUUCAAGAAGACCAAGGAAAACAUGAAGAUUGGUACCUCCCUCUUCGAUGAAGAAGGUUCCAAGUUGGUUGAAGGUCUCUACAAGAAGGCUGCUGAAAAGAACGUCAAGUUGCUCCUUCCUGAAGAUUUCAUCACUGCUGACAAGUUCGAUGCUAACGCCAAGACUGGUUAUGCCACUGAUAAGGAAGGUAUUCCUGAUGAAUGGAUGGGUCUUGACUGUGGUGAAAAGUCUUCCAAGAACUUCAAGGAAGAAAUCUUGAACUCCAAGACCAUCGUCUGGAACGGUCCCUCUGGUGUCUUCGAAUUCGAUGCUUUCGCUAACGGUACCAAGGCCGUUCUCGCCGCUGUCAUCGAAGCCACUGAAAAGGGUGCUACUACCAUCAUCGGUGGUGGUGAUACCGCUACUGCUGCCCUCAAGUGGGGUGCCGAAGGUAAGGUCUCCCACAUCUCCACUGGUGGUGGUGCCUCCCUCGAACUCCUCGAAGGUAAGGAACUCCCUGGUGUCACUGCUCUCUCCAGCAAGAACUAAAUUGUUAUCGCAUCUAAAACAUAAUUUUGCAUGUACCAUUUUCCCUUCAAAAAUAAAUAUUCAUUUGUUUGUUAAAUAGCUUUCAUUUUAUUUAUAAUAAAACAAAAUCUGUACUAUAUACAUUUUAAUUUCUUCAAA